CUGGCAGCAGAAUGACAUGGUUCGCUUUGUUCUUCCUUUUUUAUGCUCAUCAAGUUGCAGAAUGUAUCACCGUCAAAAACAGAAGCAGACCUGCACCAGAGAGCUUAACUGAUAGUAUGAUGGUUUGUGAAAAAGGAUGGUAUUCCUUUAGUAGUAAAUGCUAUAAACUUGGAGGUCGUAAAUAUAUCGGGAAACUUACUUUUGACAAAGCUUUAGAGCACUGUCAAGACGAUGGUGGAAGUUUAGUUGCAAUACAAAACCAAGAAACGCAAGAUUUUGUUCGAGUGAUUCUCCUAGAACUGCAAGGAAAUCUUUGGAUUGGCUUGCACGAUAGAGAGAAUGAAACAGAAUAUACGUGGGUUGAUGGCACUAAAUUCAAUUACUCAAACUGGAAACCUGGAGAACCAUCAGGUCCAAAAUAUGAAAAUGAAGAUUGUACAGAAAUGCUUUUCCUUGUUAAUGAUGGAGAAUCGGGCCAAUGGAAUGACGUUAAAUGUGAUGCUCAGUUACCCUUCAUUUGCCAGAAAGAUCCAAUCAAAUACUCGGUAGUCAAGGCUCCUUUAGAUCCUAUAUUUUGCUCGGAUGAAAACAAUUCAGGCUACAAAUUUCACAACUCCUGUUAUAACUUAGUGACGGAGAAGAAAACCUGGAUGGAAGCUGAAGCCUACUGUAAAAACGAAUAUUCUGGACAUUUGGUUUCAGUUAGAGAUUUCUCUGUUGAUCUGUUCCUCGAUUAUGUUCUAAGAGGUUUCAACGAAGAUAUAUGGAUUGGAAUACCAAUAAAAGAAGAUUUUACGCAAAAAUGGUCAAAUGGCUUUUUUGUUGGUUACAACGGCUGGGGAAAAGGUAAAAGAGAUUUCGUUGAAGGAACUUGUGCCACUCGAGCUGGGAGUCGUCGAUGGAGCAUUGCAGAUUGCACAAGGAAAUUCGCUUUUGUCUGUGAACAAACUUCUGAUAACCCAAUCGUUUUGACCCAAACCAUAAAAGAGUCUUUUUGUCCAUCGGAGCCAGAUGACUGGAGAGAUCUCGGUGGUGACAUGUGCUACUUUUUUGAUUUUGAAAAGACAGUUACUUGGUAUGAGGCAAACUUCAUGUGCAUGUUCAGAGGUGGAAACUUGGUGAGCAUUCAUUCCAAACAAGAAUCAGAUGUCUUACAUGAAUUUAUAAUUCAUACAAAGCGUGAACUUCACAUUGGACUUCAUCGACAGUUGCAAGGAGGAAAAGAUUUCGCUUGGUCUGACAAAAGUGAACUGGAUUGGAUAAACUGGGAUUCGGGUGAGCCAAAUCGAGACCACGAAAACUGUGCAGAAAUCCUGACGUUCACCAUGAAAUGGAAUGAUGUCGUAUGCGACCUCAAGAAAGGAUACAUUUGCUCUAUCAGGAAAAUUGCUCCUAAAUUGAUAACGAUUACAAACCUAACAGUGGAAAAGUUAUCUCAAGGACGAUGUUCAGAUUGCAUUUCUUCUGGUACUUUUACUGCUGUUCUUGUCUGCAUCUUUUUAAUCCUAGUAGUUCUUGGAGCUCUGUUGGCAUACUAUUUCAAACCUUGGAUAAGAAAGGACUACAGAAAUAAUUCUAUUGGUUCCAUAAACAUUCUUUCGGACGGUCGAAUUCAAAGCUACAGACCAGGAAAUUCUUCUGCGAAAGAACGCAACGAUAUUCCAGAGCAGUAUGAAGUCACAUAAAAUCUAUUUCUUCAUUUGAGCAACGGAAAUAAA